GUAAUUCAACUACAACUCCCAUGAAGCCACGCCGUUGCGUCAUGAUGAAGCGCCAGCUAUGACACCGUCAGCGCGUUGAAGUGCCUCUUCAGAAAGCUGCAAGCGAGAUAUGGCUUUGGCUGGAAUCCGUGUGAUAGAGCUUGCUGGCCUGGCUCCAGCCCCAUUCUGCGGCAUGAUCCUAUCCGAUUUUGGAGCCAAAGUGAUCCGUGUGGAUAGGACCAAGGCAUCCAUGACAGUUGAUGUGCAGUCCCGUGGUAAACAGUCAGUGGUCUUGGACUUAAAGAAACCAGAAGGGGCUGCUGUUCUGAAGAGGCUGUGUGCUGAGAGUGAUGUUUUAAUUGAGCCCUUCCGCAACGGUGUGAUGGAGAAGCUGGGACUUGGUCCAAAUGAAAUUCUAAAAGAUAACCCAAGAUUAAUUUAUGCCAGACUGACCGGAUUUGGACAGAGUGGAUCAUAUGCCAAGGCAGCAGGUCAUGACAUCAACUACGUUGCUAUGUCAGGUUUGCUGUCUAUGCUUGGGAGGCACAAUGAGAACCCGUAUGCACCCCUCAAUCUGCUGGCUGACUUUGCUGGAGGAGGCCUAAUAUGUGCAAUGGGGAUUGUCUUGGCCCUGUUGGAGAGGGUGAAAUCUGGCCAAGGACAGGUGAUUGAUACAAGCAUGGUCGAAGGAGCGGCUUAUGUUGGAUCCUUUCUGUGGAAAUCCCAAAACCUUGGCCUUUGGAACAGAUCGCGGGGAGAGAAUAUGUUAGAUAGUGGGGCGCCCUUUUAUGAAACAUACAAGACUGCGGAUGGGAAGUACAUGGCAGUGGGUGCUAUUGAGCCCCAGUUUUAUGAGGAACUCAUUAAAGGUCUUGAUUUGGAUUCUUCUCAAUUGCCACUGCAGAUGAGCUUUUCUGACUGGCCCGAGCUGAAGAGAAUUUUUACAGAAACCUUUGCCAGCAAGACUCAAGCAGAGUGGUCAAAGAUCUUUGAUGGAACAGACGCCUGUGUGACGCCUGUCUUGUCUCUGGAUGAAGUCAGCUCUCACCCGCACAACAGGGAGCGAGGAUCUUUCAUUGUCGAUGCCCAGGGGGAGAUUAGCCCUAGACCAGCCCCCCUGCUUUCUCGGACACCGGCUAUGCCCUGUCUCAGUGGGGGGCCUUUAAUAGGAGAGCAUACUGAUUUGGUACUGGCAGAACACGGAUACAGCAAAGAUGAGAUCGCCAAACUGCAGUCCUCUGGAAUCAUAGAAUGUAACAAAACAAAGUCACGCUUGUAGGAUGUAGGAGGAUUGUACUGAAAGUAAAUGAAAACAAAGCCUGUUUAAAUUGAGUAAACUUUUUUUUUUUUUUAAUUAACAUUAUUCAUUUGCAAGUUCUACAAAUUAAUUGCAGACAGACCUGCCCAAUGCACUGCAACUAUGGAAUGUCACUAAUGCUUUAAAGAUAGGCAUAUACAUGAUCUCCUGUAACCCUUAAAUUGUUUAUUCUGCCAACAGAACAUUAAUGCACCAUUACGGAUUUUAAUAUAUUUCAAUACCACGUGCUCAUGAACCAGGUAAUAUAAAAAUGGUAAAGUUGGGUUCAAGCAUAAUAUAUGAAAUUUGCCAACUUAAACCUAGAUGUUUGAAAUGUUUUGUAUAGAUACUGUAUAUUUAGUCUGGAUUGAUUGUUAAAUGUGCAACACAACUAAGAAACGUGCUUUGCUAUGUCUUCCAUAAUUUAAUAAACAAUCUGAUUUAUUUGUAAUUUGUUAUAAUCUAACCUUGCAAUAAAUAAAUAUAUAUUUA